GAGAGCAACAGCCACGGAAAGAGGAUACACAUGCUUUAUUGACAGAACUACAGGUGGUUUAAGUUUGAGCCUCUAGUAGAGUGGAAGCGUUUUUUUUGUUUUUUCCCCCCCUCUGUAUCGAGUUGUGGUUUCCUUGGGGCCCAGUAUGCUAACUAUCAUUGUGGCAUGUUUGGUAUGUUUCCUGCUGAGCACAGGGCAGGCUCAGGUUGCCACACAGACUCAGGGGCAGGGGCAGAGCCAGAGCCAGGGGCCAGAGAGCGCUGUCGCGCCCUGGAGACAGGUGAUUCAGUGGGAGAACAACGGCCAGGUUUUCAGCCUCCUGAAUAGCGGAGCUGAAUAUGUGCCUGCUGGGGCACAGACACAAGACAGGGGUCCCAGAGUGGUUGUGGCCGAUGCUCCUCAACGCUCCACACGCAGACCUCAAGGCGGCAACGUGCGCAGACAAGCGCCAUCGAGAGGAACCUCAGACACUGUCCGAGGGCAGGCCAGGCACCCCUUUGGCUUUGGUCAAGUGGCCGAUAACUGGAGACAGACCACAGGGAGCACAGGUGGUGGCCGCUUCCACUCAUCCUCCAGCACUCGUUUUAGACCAUCCACAGGCUCUUCAUCAUCUUCAUCAUCCUCUUUCUCCUCAUCAUCUUACAAUGUGCCACCCUACCCACAGUACCCUGUGCCUCAACAGCCUCCUUAUCCAGCAGUACCUUAUGACCCCAGUUUGGUGGAUGGACCGGUCAGGAGCUAUGAGCCCCCCUUUCAGCCUGUUGCCCCAGGGAGAGGCUAUAGUGGUGGAGUAUAUGGAGGUGGAGGUGGAGGAGGAUACACUGGAGUAGGAUAUGGAGGUGGUGUAGGCCCUGUGCUCCCAGGGUCCCCCACUGAAUACACAGACGAUAGCUACCGCUUCUACCAACCUUAUGGCUAUGUGCCUAAUCCUGCGGUGCCAGCACAUGCUGCCCAGCCACCCUUUUCAGAUGGUUUGGACCGCAGAUACACCCACAGUCUUUAUAACCAGGAUUCUGCGGUCUCUGCCCCUGACAUGAACCAACCUGCCCCAGAAGCAGUAGACAGAACAGUUCCAGCUGCUCAGCCUGCAGUCAGAAGUCCUCAGUAUGAGCAAUUUCCUCCAUUUGGAAGACCCCAACCACCCUUUCUCCAGCCCAUUCCUCCGGGCAGAAGUUCUCCAAACUCCGCCCUUGAGAACCCCAGCAUCAAUGUAGGGAGUGUGUACCGACCAGAACAAAGAGGUCUGCCUGACCUGGUUCCUGAUCCUAACUAUGUCCAGGCUUCCACAUACAUCCAGAGAGCUCACAUGUACUCUCUUCGCUGUGCAGCUGAGGAGAAAUGCCUUUCAAGCACUGCCUACAGCUCUGAAACCACUGACUAUGAUGUGAGGGUGCUACUGCGCUUCCCACAAAGGGUGAAGAAUCAAGGAAUCGCUGACUUCAUGCCUAACAGACCCCGUCAUACCUGGGAGUGGCACAGCUGCCAUCAGCACUACCAUAGCAUGGAUGAGUUCAGCCAUUAUGACUUGUUGGAGGUCAGCACUGGCCGAAAAGUGGCCGAGGGUCACAAGGCCAGCUUCUGUCUGGAAGACACCACCUGUGACUUUGGCCACCUGAAACGCUAUGCCUGCACCUCUCAUACUCAGGGUCUGAGCCCGGGCUGUUAUGACACAUACAAUGCUGACAUUGACUGUCAAUGGAUUGAUAUCACAGACAUCCAGCCAGGAAACUACAUACUAAAGCUCCAGGUUAAUCCCAAGUACUUGGUGUUGGAGUCGGACUUCACCAACAACGUGGUCAGGUGUAACAUUCACUACACGGGACGCUUUGUCACGACAACCAACUGCAAGAUAACACAGUCCUGAUCGGGCUGGGGAAGACUGCCCAGCCAGGGCGAGCCUCCGGAGAAAUGCUGUUCCAUUGAAAUGUGAAUGGAAUUCUUUUUAAGUUGUUUUUUUGUGCUGUUGAUGCUGUUGGUGUUGAUAUUUUUGUGCUGUUUUGGCUUCCUGGGCCCAUGGCAAACAGGGGUUCCACUGGCACUGAAAUGAAUGUAAGAAAGCAACACAAACGAGCACAUGCAAACACACCCGCACACGCACGCGUGCCCGCACACACACACACAUACAGAC